GGCGGAAGGAGGGGGAGGGGGAGGCUCAUCACAGAGACUUGGGCCUUGUUCAUUGGCUCCGCAGGGCUGGUCCGCCCAAGGUUGGAGUUAACGCAUCCUCCGCAGAGGGGACUCCCGGCACACAAGAGUAGCGUCGCUUACCGGCUUCCCCUCUGGCCGCAGUUUGCUCAACAAUAUUUGUGAACAAUCCAGGUGAGGCUGAAGUUUCUGGAAAUUGCUUUCCCAUUGAUACCAAUCAUAACAAUGAGAAGUCAUUUUAGAUACCACAGGAAACUUUAAUGCAAGUUUUGCUAAUGAAAUAAACCAACGUUUAAAGGGUACAUCAUAUAACAAUAUGGCUUAGUAAGCAAGGUGAACAAGUAAGGUCUUCAUUGGUUUUUAUGUGAUACACAGUACUUGCCAGGUUCUUCUGAGUAACUUACAGUCUUCAAAGAUGGAUACAAUGAAGUUAAAGCAUGAUAUUAAUCCAUUCCUCUUUCAUAUUAUAAACUUUGCAGUCUUGGUAUACACAUUUAUAACUUUUAUUCCAUGGUAUUUAUUUUCUGGAUCAAGAUGUAUCAUAACCAAAUCAAAGCAAAUUAAAGCAAAACCAGUGAAUAGCAUGCCUGGAAGUGCAUAUAGAUCUGUUAAUAGUUUGCAUUGCUUAGCAUCUGUAGUAUAUCCUGGAUGUGAUACACUUGAUAAAGUUUUCAAAUAUGCUCAAAGCAAAUUUAAAGACAAGAAGCUCCUGGGGACACGGGAAAUAUUACAGGAAGAAGAUGAAAUCCAGCCAUCUGGAAAAGUUUUUAAGAAGGUUGUACUUGGAGAAUAUCGCUGGCUAUCAUAUGAUGAUGUUUUUAAGAAAGCUAAAGCAUUUGGUGAUGGAUUAACAAUGCUGGGCCAAAAACCAAAGACCAACAUUGCCAUCUUCUGUGAAACUAGAGCAGAAUGGAUGAUUGUAGCACAAGCUUGCUUCAUGAACAACUUUCAACUUGUCACACUCUACGCUACUUUGGGAGGCCCUGCAAUAGUGCAUGGAUUAAAUGAAACUGAGGUGACAACCAUAAUUACUAGCAAGGAACUGAUAGAAACAAAAUUGAAGUAUAUUGUUUCUCAGGUUCCUCUACUACGUCACAUUAUUACUGUGGAUGGCAAGCCGACAUCAUGGUCAGAUUUUCCAAAAGGUGUUACUGUUCAAACUAUGUCAUCUGUUCAAGCUAUUGGAGAGAAAGGAGAAAAUACAUCCCUCAAACAGAAGUUGAAACCAGUAUCCUCAGACAUUGCAGUUAUUAUGUAUACAAGUGGUUCUACAGGAGUCCCAAAAGGAGUCAUGAUCUCUCAUUGUAAUCUUAUUUCUAGCAUAACUGGGAUGGCUGAAAGGAUUCCAAAUUUGGGAGAGAAAGAUACCUACAUCGGCUACUUGCCUCUUGCUCAUGUUCUAGAAUUAAGUGCUGAACUUGUUUGUUUGGCCCAUGGUUGCCGAAUUGGUUAUUCAUCACCUCAAACUCUAAGUGAUCAGUCAUCUAAAAUAAAGAAAGGAAGUAAAGGUGAUGUGUCUGCAUUGAAGCCAACUUUAAUGGCAGCUGUUCCAGAAAUCAUGGAUCGAAUCUACAAAAAUGUCAUGAAUCGAGUUAAUGAAAUGUCCAGUUUUCAGCGCAAUCUGUUUACUUUAGCUUAUAAUUACAAGAUGGAACAGAUUUCAAAAGGCUAUUGUACUCCAGUAUGUGACAGCCUCGUUUUCCGGAAAGUCCGGAUGCUGCUAGGUGGGAAGAUACGGGUCUUGCUCUGUGGAGGAGCUCCACUUUCUGCAGCAACUCAGAGAUUUAUGAACAUCUGUUUUUGUUGUCCUGUGGGACAGGGCUAUGGCCUGACAGAAUCCUCUGGGGCUGGAACAAUAACAGAAGUUUGGGACUACACAACAGGCAGAGUGGGAGCACCCUUAGUUUGUUGUGAAAUCAAGCUGGUGGAUUGGAAAGAAGGUGGAUACUUCAAUACAGAUAAACCAUACCCUAGAGGUGAGAUUGUUAUUGGUGGACAAAACGUAACUAUGGGAUACUACAAAAAUGAAGAACGAACCAAAACUGAUUUUAUGGUCGAUGAGAGUGGACAGAGAUGGCUCUUCACUGGAGAUAUUGGGGAAUUCCAAUCAGAUGGGUGUCUAAAAAUUAUUGAUCGUAAAAAGGAUCUUGUAAAACUUCAGGCAGGUGAAUAUGUUUCUCUUGGUAAAGUUGAAGCAGCUUUGAAGAAUCUUCCCCUGGUAGAAAAUAUUUGUGUAUAUGCAAGCAGUUUCCAGUCUUACGUCAUUGGAUUUGUUGUGCCAAAUCAUAAAGAGCUUAAAGAGUUAGCAAGAAAGAAAGGAUUUAGAGGAACUUUGGAAGAGAUAUGUAAUAGUUCUGAGAUGGAGAAAGAAGUGCAGAAGCUUUUAGAUGAUGCUGCUAGAACAGCUAAUCUGGAGAAAUUUGAAAUUCCCCUCAAAAUUCGGUUGUCCCCUGAACCUUGGACCCCUGAAACGGGUUUGGUGACAGAUGCCUUCAAACUAAAACGUAAAGAGCUUACUUCACACUAUCAAGAAGAUAUUAAUCGAAUGUAUGGAACAAAAGUAAAAUAACUCAUCCCUCUCUUUCUCUCUUUGUCUUUUUUUAUUUUGUAUCACUUUGCUAUGGUGAGCUCAGAUCAAAUAGGAAAUACUUGAAUUGUAAGUCCUACUACUUGGGACCAACAUAAAAACAUCUCUCCUUCCCUUCAGCAUAUGCUGUUACUUCUGAAAAUAUCAGCAUCUUUAAUGGCAGGAUUAGUAAAAUUCAAAGACAGCAAAUAUUUGUCUGUCUUCAUUUGUUCCAGUCUCUUGUGCUAUCUUGUUAAUGUGCAGAUUUUCCUACAAGUCCAUUUGGGCUAUCAUGAUUUUGAAGCCUCAGAUUUUUAAACCGGAUUUAUAGAUCCUGUAUAAUGUUCUGUUUAUUUGUAACUUUUUUGAAGUUUGGCUAAGUAGAGGAAGAACUUGGCUAUAAAACAAAUGAUUAUUCUGAGGGUCUUUUUUACAUACGUAUUUAAUAUUCAAAAGGUAUCAAUGAGAAAUUAUGUACAAUGAAAUCACUUAUAGUUGAAAAUCAUUGUUAGCCAGAAGAUGGAGGUUAUUUGUUGCUGUGCAAUUAUUUUGGAUCAAAUUCUAAGAGAAAUAGUCUGAGAUUCUGACUAAUAAAGAACAGCUGAAAUAUAUGCCUGACAAUUUCCUCCUACAUAUAUAUUUUAUUUUUAAUCUCAGUUAAGAAAAAUGGUCAUGGCAAAGUGCUGUAUAUAUGUGAGAACACCUGCAAAAGAAGGUAUAUCAGUAUUUUAGUCAUGCAGAGAGCGCUCUCACAUAGCAAAUGUUACAUCUAUGAAUCACCUGCCUAACACAGGUAAUUCACUUUUCAAAAUACAUUCAGGCCAUUUAAUAAAGAAAUUGAAUAAUUGAAACUCGUGAGAACUCAGUUUUAAUUAAAUUACAUUUUGAUUGGUAAUGUUUCUCAAAUGGGACUUUUGUUUUGAUUGUAUUGUUUUACAGUUCAGACCUACUCCCUUUACUUGUGUGUGUGUAAAUGAGCAGUUCAAUUAAAUAAACUGAAAGUCCAUUAUGGCUAUUUCCUGCAUGAGUCAGCUUAAAUGGAUCAGCAUUCUUGCAUACAUUUCAGUGGGGAAGAGGGUAUGAUGGAAUAGGAGAGUUCCCUGUAUAAGAUCAGUUUAUAAUGGAUUGUAUACUUGGAGUCUAUUUCCAAUGAACCAUUGUUCGUUUUUAUAUUCUCUUUGUUUUAAUAGACAUGAAUGAUGAUAGAAGUGACAUUUUUAAUUACCUGGUUACAGGAAUCUUGGUUGUAUUAUUUGGAUAGAAUGUUUAUAAACAGUUCUUACUAGUUAACUAUGCUUGUGGACAUAGUCCAUGUCAUUCUUCUUUUAUGCACUAAACCUGUCACUUGACAGUAAGUUCCAUUUUAUAGUCCCUUUAAAAUAGUACUGCAAAGCUCUUGGCUCUUGUCCAUAUGCUCUUUUUCAUAUGGAUACUUUUGCAGAAGCAGACCAGACCUGACCACAGACUGGGGAAAGCCCCAGAUGGACAAUGGAGGUGGUGCUCUUCUUGCCAUUCAGGAGAUGGUGAUUGUUCUCUUCUGCAUGAGCAUCUGUGUUUCAUGAUGAUUUAAGGUUACAUAUAAAGUUUAAAUAUGGAUUUCAUUUAUCCAAUUAUAUAUUGCAAUAGCCAGCUUGAGAACCGGAAACACAUAUAUUAGCGAAUGUUAUUUUACAAGUGUGAAAAAUGCUUUGAUUUCCUUCCUAUGAUACCACAAAACAAACUAACAAACCUGAUGAUUUUUAAUCUGUAUCUGGGUAGUGAGGCAAUGGUUAUCAAAAACAUUUGAACAUUAUUAAGCCAACAUUAAGUACUUUUGAAGCUAUUGGCUUCAGUUGAGAAUUAAGUUUUCGUUGCUUCUUCUUUCCAAUCAGAAAUGUUGGAUUUCCAAAUGUUUUAAUUUUGUAUAGACUGUGCCAUUCUAUGCUAGCCACAAUAGCUUUCAUUUGAGAAACAGUAGAAUUCUGUUUCAUUUUAAUUAGAAAGACAAAAAUCGUGUACAGUGUGACAUUUUCUUCAAAUAUGCAGUGUUUGGAACAGUAGGCUACUUAUAACGGUUAAAACAAGUUGACUUAAUCAGACGUUGCUUUAUUCUUUGGAAAAUUAAUCUGUACUAUCAGAGAUUUGUGUUGGGUUUCACUUCAUGAAAAUGUUAUUCUUAUCACAUGGAAUGAAACUGGUCAGUGGAAAAACAUAAAUUUUAAAGUCACAUAAUUAAAUCAACAGUGUUGAUUUAAUUUCUGUUAAAAUUCACUUUAAGUAUAAUUUGUAAAAAAAAUUAAACCUAGGAGUGAAGACACUGUUGUAAAAAACUAAUGGAUUGUCUGAAUUCCACAUAUUUCUAGUUCCUACUGUAACAGCUGGAAGGUGGCAUUUGGACACAAACUAAUCCUCUGUUUCAAUAUUCUGGUUCUAUGGACUCAAUCCCUGUCCCUAAUAUUUCUAGAAUUGUUUAAUUGAUUCCUCCAUUUGAAAGAUUAUGUGAGGACUCAAAAUAUAAUGGGAGAGACUGCAUACUGCGUUCUUCCAUGUUUUCAAUCCCAGACUUCCCUGAGGAAAGGUUUACGACAAAGAUAUGGUGCAAUAUGCACCAUUCUCCCCCCUACAAAACUUUGAGCCAUUCCCCACUUAGAAAUAGGUUUACAUUUUAAAAAUGCUCAAUUUCUUCAGUUGAUGUUCUUCACUUGGGAUUACAAUAGGGAAUAUCUCAUGAUUACUAUGUAAUGUUUUUACACUUUUGGUUUUUAGAUUCAGGUACUAAGCAGAUUUAUUGUACUCCUGUUAAACCCUUAGAUUUAUGGGUACGUGGGAUCAUUUACUUUUUCUCAUUGUAAAGAACUAGUUUUGAAAGAUUAAUUGCAGCAGUAGAAGUGACUAUAGUCUUCUUCCCAUUGACUUAUUGUCAGGGUGUAUCUGAUUUGUGUUUCAUCCCCAUAGUAUGUGGACAAAAAUACAAUUAUGUUAAGUGGGGGAAUCACAUGCAGCUUUUUGCCUUGUUGUCUUCCCUUUGAAAACCAGAAAACUGAAAGGUCUCUUUGUCAGUAGAAUUUGAACACACACACACAAACACGUGUGUGUGUGUGUGUGUGUCAUGAAAGAGUCCAAGCACUGCUUCCUCCCAACUUUAGUUCAUUUCACUCAGAUGGAACCCCAUACAAAUUCUGUUAAAACAAAACAAAAACAAACAAAAACUUAGCAGCAGUUAAUGUAUCUUCAGUGUCAGAAAACAGUUUUCAGUGGAUACAGUUUACAGAUAUACUACAUCUAUUUACCUCAGGGGAAACUGUCCUUCUAGCAGUAAAAUAUUUUGCUGAAGUUAAAGCUAAAAGCAGUGUGCAAUUAAAACCUGUAAUGAAGCAGUGUGCAAUUAAAACCUGUAAUAAAAUUUGUGCUAUGGGUUCUCAUUUGCUUUAAAUAAAAUUAAGAAAAAAAAUAUGGAGUUGAAACACAGAUGUGUUUCAUCCAUUAAAACUUGAGAAUUUAUGCAGCAAGCUCAACAAAAUUGAAAUCUUAAAAAUAACAGUAACAAAAAGUAAACUUGUCUUUCUGCUUUUCAUUUCCAUUUCAUUUGAUUUUUAUUUUAUUCUUCAAGUACAUUCUUUUUUUUAUGUUCUUUUGUACAUGUAAGAAAAUUAUUUGCAACUGAUAUCUUCUAACCAGGUAAAAGAGGGAACUCUAAGGCUGUACCCAUACUGCAUCAAACUAAAAUGGAACUGGAUGACCAGUUGUUCUAGUAAUUGGUUAUUUAAUGUAAAUUCAUGGAUCUUGGUUGUUGUUCUGAACUGCUUAAAAUGUGUCUAUUAUUACAGAGUUUUAUUGUAUGAAUUAUUUAUUUUUCAUUGGACAUUUCAUUGGACAUUGGACAAAAUAAAAUUGAGUUUCACAAGUUUA